AAUUCAACAUUAUUAAAUUUGAUAAAACAUAACAAGAAGCAAGAGUUAAUGCUUUACUCAAUGUUCAAAAUUGAUUGUCACAAAGCUGAUUUUUGAAUACAAUAAACAAUCCCUCGCUCAAAAAAGCCAUAAAUAAAUUUCGUCUCGGAAAUCAUCGAUUACGGAUUGAAACUGGCAGACAUACAAUUGUCAAAACUCCAGAAAAUCUCAGAAUUUGUCCUUUCUGUCACUUGAAUGAAGUUAAAAAUUAGCUGCAUUUUAUACUUUCCUGUCACCUUUACGAUAACUUACGCUUGAACGUUUUUGAAGACGUAAAUAGAAAAUACAAUCAUUUUGAUGCGCUAGAUGGUAAAUCAAAAAAUGUUUUUUCUUUGUAAUAAUGUUGACCCCCUUUACCUAUAGACAUCCUGUCAUUAUUUAAAUUAUUGUAAUUUAGUUACAUUAUAAUAGUUAUAUUAUAUUUUAGGUAAUACCAUGUACUCGUAUGGUAUACUGAAAUAAAUUAUUUUUGUUGUUGUUGUUGGAAGCUCGUAGACCUUCCUAAGGGGAGGUGGAGAGGGUGGUGGAGAGGAGCCUGAUACUCAAUCUCAAACCUGUGUGCGCAAUAAUCACUGAUCCGGAAGGUGCGGAGAGUUUACAGUUUGCCGAGGAACUGAAGGUUUAAUGUUUGUUGAGUGACCCAUUUAAUUUUGUAGGAAAUGGAGCAAGCAUAGGGAAUCGUAUCGAAGAUAAGCCAAGAGAAUAAACGAUUAUGGCGUUUCUACGAGGAAGCUCAAUCUACUGUAUCGGGGAGAAAGAGAUCGACAUGACUAGGAGAGUUGCAUUUAGCAGCGUGUGCAUUACCACAGCGACAAUAUCUUCGUUUGGAGCCAUCGUUCAGCUUGUUAACUGGUUUAAAAGACUGACGGCGAGAGAACCGAGGAGAAUACCUUCUCCAACGCCACAUGUCGUCUUUUCUCUCGCUUUGGCAGAUUUGUUUGCCUGUGUAGGUGCAAUAUCAAUGUCCAUAUUGUUUCUUACAUUUGAACCUGCUGCUGUGCUUGAUGAUGAACAUAAAAAACCAUAUGACUAUUCUUAUUCGUGGAUUGGAAUGCCUAUUGAGUCAUUCACAAUGUUUGCAUAUAUUUCAUCCUAUAUGUGGACACUAUUUUAUUCCCUUGAUGUCUGCCUUCAAGUUCAUAAUCGCCAAUCAUGCUUUCACAGUAAGGUGUAUCACCUGAUGUCAUGGCCUUUGGCUGCUUGGCUUGCAGGAUGGGGUCAAUAUGCAUAUUUUGGCAGUAAAAUUUAUUGCUCAUCCCAUAGCCGAGCUCUUGUUCAUUAUUUGGUUUGCUAUGUUCCGCUGCUGUUUGUAAUGUUAGCCCUUCCCGUCAUUUACUGGAAAGCUUAUCAAAAAGUGUCACAAAAUAUCAGAAGGAGUGGCUACUUCACAGAUGCUGAGAGAAGUCUGCAAAAGUCUGUUAGGAAAAAGUUUAGUUUAAUUGUGUUUGUGUUUGUAUUUUGGUGAGUAUGUCCUAAAUCAUAUCCGAAUGGAAUGCUUUAUAUUUUGCUUACAACACAUCAUUAUAAUUAGGAUCACUUAGUGCAGUGAUCGUCAGUUAGUCGUCAAUUGUACCUUGGCGCAUGCAAUGUUUAUUGCACAAGGGCACAAUUUUCCACAAGUGAAAACUUUCUAGGUAUCCUGUUCAUAAAUGUCAGCAAGCUGUUGUUAUAGCAUCAUCUAUCGUCUAGUCCUCUUUGUCCCAUGGGGGUGUGGAGCUCCACAGUUGCCUUCCACCUCUGUCGGUCUUGAGCUGCUCUUUUGGCCUCUGUCAGGUCUUUCUAGAUGCUUCUGCACCAUGCGAUUCUCGGUCUGCCACAUUUCCGUGUGCCUUGUGGGUUCCAAUCCAUCGUGUGGCGCGCUAUGUUCCUCUCACCCCGUCUAAGUGUAUGAGCAAUCCAUUGCCAGCGUCUUCUUUUAAUGCUGGUGUUGAUAGCUAUAAAUCUCUGUUGGUGAUUAUCUCAGGCCAAUACACCCUCAGAAUCCUCCUCAGAUACCUGUCGACGAAGGUUUGCACUUUCUUUGUUGAUAUUUUUAUUGCAACAAUAACAUUGCAUUAGGAUACAAAAAUUGCCUGCACUAGUAACAACAAAAAUUACUCACAUUGCGUGCGAUACUUACUCUACUUACAGUACAAACAAAACCUAUGAUUUAAGGU